UCCUGUGUAUUCGCUUUCGUAUUGGCUACUUGUUAUUUCCAAUUUGAACAGAAUCCGGUAUUUUCUUGAGUUAACCCUCCGUAAUACAUCGGCUAAUAUCAUAAUAACAGGAGAGAUUUACUUGUAGGAAUGGUAAAAGAAACCGGACGCCACCCGUUAACGUGAGAUUGCAAUUAACCGGUGAAAGUCUCUCUUAGGUUGGGUAGUAUAAGACUUUCUUAUACGUAGCGUAUAUCGAGCAUUGACCUCCUUUCAUCAAGGAAUUAAUCCCUGUGAAAAGUUUCUUCUCGCUUCUUAGCUGUAUGGACACUGCUAGAGGUUAAAGUGACAUUGAAGAUUCUUCAUACCUCGAAAAGUCAAAAAAGGACAAGAAGGACAAAGAUGAUCAGAUAGAGUAAAUUAUUCUUAAAUAUUGAAGAGAAAUCCAUGUAACAAAUGUGCAAUGCUAUGCAUGUGAUUAAAUAAAUGUUCUUUCUGUAAUGUUUGAUUAGGGGCUCUCAUGACAUCAUCGUGAAAAUGGACACAGGCAAACUGUUCAAAUAUCCAACGGCUAUGAGCCCAAGAAACCUGUUAAUUUUGGGUUUUCUUGUAGAUAAAAAGUGAACCAAUACACAGACUUUUCUGAAGAGCAGUGACUUAUGGAGAUUUUUCCUUUUUCCUUUUCCCCUUUUGUAAGUUUGUAUAAGAAGUGAAGAAGGAACUGCUUCAGUGGCUUUUGUUCUGCCGAGGAACAACAAACCCCAAACUGCAUUCUCCGUGCCAAGGAAGAAUGGACCAGUAUGCUAGACCAGCUGAAGCUGGGGCAGUGGAUAUAAGACCAAGCAAUUCCGGGGUUCCACAGGGGGAAGUGAAUAGUCGAUUUGAGCAAAAGAGGAUUGAUUAUUCAAGUGAAAAGAAAAAGACCCUGCAAGCUCGUUAUAUAUACGGCAUCAUCUUCUUGAUCAUAAAUCUUAAAGCUUGGUUUUUUCGCGAUUAUGGGCAAAGGGUUCUAUCUCAUUUCUAUAAUAUAAAAGCUUGUGGAAUUGACGGACAAGAUUGCUGUCAUACAUUGGGCGUUCUUCGUGUGAGUUUAGGAUGCUUCAUAUUUUUCUCUGUUAUGUUUUUCACCACUAUAAAAACAAGAAAAUUAUAUGAAGCUCGCAGUAGCUGGCAUUCAGGAUGGUGGGCAGUGAAGCUUGUUCUAUUGAUUGUAUCAAUGGCAGUACCAUUCUUCCUCCAUUCAAAAUACAUUCAAAUAUAUGGAGAAUUUGCUAGAGUUGGUGCUGGAAUUUUUCUUGUUCUUCAACUUGUAAGCGUAAUUGAGUUCAUCACCUGGUGGAAUAAUUACUGGAUGCCUGAUGAACAAAAGAAGCAAAGUUGCUCCCUUGGAUUGUUCAUGUCAACAAUUUUCUAUCUUGCUUCUGUUUGUGGAAUUGUGGUGAUGUACGCUUUCUAUGGACGGAAAGUUGAAUGUUCCCUAAACAUAUUCUUCAUUACAUGGACUGCCAUUCUUCUUAUAGUGAUGAUGGCUAUGUCCUUACACUCAAAGGUCAAUAGAGGCCUUUUAUCUUCUGGGAUUAUGGCUUCAUACCUUGUCUUCCUCUGUUGGUCUGCCAUAAGAAGUGAACCCGCCAGUGACUAUUGCAACAAACAAAAAGCAAAUGGAAAUAGUGACUGGACCACCAUACUUAGUUUCCUGUUCGCAAUUGGUGCCAUUGUUAUGGCCACAUUUUCCACUGGAAUUGAUUCACAAUCAUUUCAGUUCCGCAAUGAUAAUGUUCAAGAGGAUGAUGAUAUCCCUUAUGACUAUGGGUUUUUCCACCUUGUAUUUGCUUUCGGGGCCAUGUACUUCGGAAUGUUAUUCAUCAGUUGGAACCUGAACAACUCAGCAAGAAAGUGGAGCAUUGAUGUUGGCUGGGCAAGUACAUGGGUGAAAAUCGUGAAUGAGUGGUUUGCAGCAACAAUAUACUUAUGGAAGUUGAUUUCCCCAACUGUAAGACAGACCAAAGUCAUAGAUCAUGAAGAUUCAGUUAGACAGACAGUUGUUAAUGUAGCCUUGCCGUGAUCUCGUUCAGCAGUUGAAAUUGUAGCAUAUCUCCCUUGCACUUAGGUUUAUCUCGUUAUUCUCUCAUCGUUUAUUUAUAGGCAGAUUCAUGGCGUCCUAAGCUCAAAACCCAAAAAACACGUAAAAACCACAAAAUCAAUGGAUCAUGUACCAUUUUUUGCAUCUAGUUAACCCUCAUUUCCUUUCCUGCAAUAAGCA